CUCGCCCAGCCCUCGGCGCAUGCGCAAGGACAGCACCCCCGCGGGUCCUGCUCUCAGCUCGGUACCGCGCUACCUCCUCCUCUUCCUCUUUCGGCCCUGCGUUCCUUGGGUGCCGCUUCCGGGGUGCCUAGACCGGUUCCGAGUGACCGGUGCCUGCUCUCUCGGUCUCCCCCACGCUCCUUGUCCCCGAGACGCCAUUUACAGGCCCGUGGUUUGUGGCGGAACCUCCCCCCCGGCCAAAGCGCGCGUAGCGCUGCGCCCCAAGAGCCAAUCAGCAGCCGCCUUAGGCAACCAUGUCUGAGUCUGGCCAUAGUCAGCCUGGGCUCUAUGGGAUAGAGAGGCGGCGACGGUGGAAGGAGCCUGGCCCUGGCGGCCCCCAGAAUCUUUCUGGGCCUGGUGGUCGGGAGAGGGACUACAUUGCCCCAUGGGAGAGAGAGAGACGGGAUGGCAGCGAAGAGACAAGCUCGUCGGUCAUGCAGAAAACCCCCAUCAUCCUCUCAAAACCUCCGGCAGAGCGGUCAAAGCAGCCACCACCUCCAACAGCCCCUGCUGCCCCACCAGCCCCAGCCCCUCUGGAGAAGCCUAUCGUCCUCAUGAAACCACGGGAAGAGGGGAAAGGGCCUGCGUCUGCAACAAAUGCUUCCACCCCUGAGGGCACUGCCCCUGCACCCCCUGCAGCCCCCGCACCACCCAAGGGAGAAAAGGAGGGGCAGAGGCCCACACAGCCUGUGUACCAGAUCCAGAACCGAGGCAUGGGCACUGCCGCACCAGCAGCCAUGGACCCGGUCGUGGGCCAGGCCAAACUACUGCCCCCAGAACGCAUGAAGCACAGCAUCAAAUUGGUAGACGACCAGAUGAAUUGGUGUGACAGCGCCAUUGAGUACCUGUUGGAUCAGACUGACGUGUUGGUGGUUGGCGUCCUGGGCCUCCAGGGGACAGGCAAGUCCAUGGUCAUGUCAUUGUUGUCGGCCAACACUCCUGAGGAGGACCAGAGGGCAUAUGUUUUCCGGGCCCAGAGUGCCGAAAUGAAGGAACGAGGGGGCAACCAGACCAGUGGCAUUGACUUCUUUAUUACCCAAGAGCGGAUUGUUUUCCUGGACACGCAGCCCAUCCUGAGCCCCUCCAUCUUGGACCACCUUAUCAACAAUGACCGCAAGCUGCCUCCAGAGUACAACCUGCCCCACACCUAUGUUGAGAUGCAGUCACUCCAGAUUGCUGCUUUCCUCUUCACGGUCUGCCAUGUGGUGAUCGUUGUCCAGGACUGGUUCACAGACCUCAGUUUAUACAGGUUCCUCCAGACAGCAGAGAUGGUGAAGCCCUCCACCCCGUCCCCCAGCCAUGAGUCCAGCAGCUCCUCAGGCUCCGAUGAAGGCACUGAGUACUACCCCCACCUGGUCUUCCUGCAGAACAAAGCUCGCCGGGAAGACUUCUGUCCUCGAAAGCUGCGACAGAUGCACCUGAUGAUUGACCAGCUCAUGGCUCACUCCCACUUGCGUUACAAGGGUACUCUGUCCAUGUUACAGUGCAAUGUCUUCCCUGGGCUCCCAGCUGACUUCCUGGACUCUGAGGUCAACUUGUUCCUGGUGCCCUUCAUGGACAGCGAAGCAGAGAGCGAAAACCCACCAAGAGCAGGACCCGGUUCCAGCCCCCUCUUCUCCCUGCUCCCUGGGUACCGGGGCCACCCCAGUUUCCAGUCCUUGGUGAGCAAGCUCCGGAGCCAAGUGAUGUCCAUGGCCCGGCCGCAGCUGUCACACACAAUCCUCACUGAGAAGAACUGGUUCCACUACGCCGCCCGGAUCUGGGACGGCGUGAAGAAGUCCUCUGCCCUGGCAGAGUACAGCCGCCUGCUGGCCUGAGGCCGAGGGAAGGAACGUCAUGCAGAGAACCCCCUUCUGGGUCCCCAUGGAUGGUGAGGGAGCACACGUGUCCUACCCCCCUGGUGGGCUGGAGAGUGGCAGCAGGCCUGAUGGACGAGGGACCGCGACAAUUCUCGCCCAGAGACAUGAGGUGUCCAGGGCCAGGCCCCCCCCCCCCCGCCCGCCCUCAGUGGAGUAUUGUUCAGGGGGCAGCUUUGAGAUCCCACCUCCAGCCUGGGACGGGGUGGUGCAUCCUCAGUCCCCCGCAGGCAGUGGGAGUGGUCUGAAUGGCCCCCAAGAAUCCCAGCCUCCAUCUUGACCUCCCUCUGCAGGGACAGGAGCAACAGGUCCCUCCUCCCUGACUGUAAGCCCUUUCCUACAAGGUGCAGCAGGGUCUGGGGAGCUCUUCGUUGGGGCAGAUCUGGUGGUUCGAAUAAAAACAGUCAUGCAAGCCCGUUCUGGUGCUUCUCUUCUUCCCCUCCCCCCAGCAUGCUGUCCUGGGGACCAGGGCAAAUUGGGGUCCCAGCCUUUGGGGGCAGAUUACCUGUAGCCACCACUGGAGCCUGAGUGAACUUCCCAUGGGCACACAUCCACUAGGGGUCAUAGAGUUGGCAGGAGCAGUUGGAGACCAGUCUCUGCUAAGGAGGAAGCCCCUAGAAAGGGGUAUUCUGUUUCCUGGGGUGACAUCAAGCCUCCCUUCUCCGUGUCACUGAUAGGAAAAUACAGUGCCCUCCUCUGGCUAAAUGCAGUUCCUACCCUCCUGUCCUCUGCUCUCAGUUGGGGACAGUGCUUGCCUUCGGUGAAAUGCCUAGUUAAAUGCAAUGCCUAAUUCAAUACGUGGUUAGAAAAUAGAACAUAUCCCUGUUCGAUACAGCACUUACCAUGUGUUGAAACAGCUUCUACCCUUACGCAAAUACUCCUACCUUACUUGCACACAGUGCCUACUGUUGGUUAAAUAUGGUGGCUUCCUUUCCCCACGGACCUCAUCUACCCUUAUUUAAAAGUAGUCUCGGGGCGCCUGGGUGGCUCAGUUGUUAAGCGUCUGCCUUCGGCUCAGGUCAUGAUCCCAGGGUCCUGGGAUCGAGCCCCACAUCGGGGUCCCUGCUCGGCGGGGAGCCUGCUUCUCCCUCUCCCUCUCCCCCUGCUUGUGUUCCCUCUCUCGCUGUGUCUCUCUCUGUCAAAUAAAUAAAUAAAAUCUUUAAAAAACAAAACAACAACAACAACAACAAAAAAAGUAGUCUCUACCUUUAAAUCCAGAACUGACUCUCAGUCAGAUACACCGUACGCUUCAAUAUAGGACCUACUCUCAUCUGCUCAGUUUAAAUAGGCUACAUCUUAGCUUGGUGUUUCCCAAAGUAUGUCUCCAAAUUGGCCUGGCCACCUCACCCAACCCCAACUAG